AUGGCACAACACCCAACCCUCAAGGCAACGUACGCCUCUAGGGCUCAAACGGCCACUCACCCACUCAAUGCCUACCUUUUCAAGCUGAUGGAUCUGAAGGCGUCGAAUCUAUGUUUGAGCGCAGAUGUCACUACCGCCCGAGAGCUUAUCUACGUUGCGGACAAACUUGGCCCGUCCAUUGUCGUUCUCAAGACACACUAUGAUAUGGUCUCUGGAUGGGAUUUCCACCCUCAAACCGGCACCGGCGCAAAGUUGGCUUCAUUGGCUCGUCGUCAUGGAUUCUUAAUCUUUGAGGACCGCAAGUUUGGUGAUAUCGGCAAUACUGUGGAAAUGCAGUAUAUUGGCGGCUCCGCUCGAAUUAUUGAGUGGGCGCAUAUCGUCAACGUGAACAUGGUACCUGGAAAAGCUUCGGUGACCUCGUUAGCAAACGCUGCCACUCGAUGGUUCGAGCGAUAUCCUUACGAGGUCAAGACGUCAGUUUCUGUGGGCACUCCUACCGCAGAGGAGUUUGAGGACCACGAUGUAGGCUCUAGCGGUCGCGACGACACCAAUGACAGCGCGCCUAGACGGACAGAUGACGGACGAAAGGGGAGCAUUGUUUCCGUUACUACUGUGACGCAACAAUAUGAGCCCGUGAACUCGCCACGACUGACUAAAAACAUGGCUGGUGAUGACGAAGUCCUCUUUGCCGGUAUCGAAGAAGCGCCCAUGACCCGAGGAUUACUUAUUCUGGCACAAAUGUCAUCGGCAGGCAACUUUAUGAACAAGGAGUACACGCAAGCAUGCGUGGAAGCUGCCAGAGAACACAGAGACUUUGUCAUGGGAUUUGUUUCACAAGAGGCUCUCAACACACAAGUCGACGACCAAUUUAUCCAUAUGACGCCUGGCUGCCAGCUGCCGCCUCAGGACGAUGACCGGAACGGAUCCGUCCAAGGCGAUGGCAAGGGGCAGCAAUACAAUACACCUCAGAAGAUUAUCGGCAUUGCCGGAGCAGAUAUCGUUAUUGUCGGUCGCGGCAUCCUCAAGGCAAGCGACCCCGAAGGCGAGGCAGAACGAUACCGCUCGGCAGCAUGGAAGGCAUACACGGAGAGAGUUCGCUGA